AUGGCUGGCAGACAGCUCAAAAGGGAACAGAACCAGCGGCAACAAGUGUGCUUGCGAAAACUCCACGAGUGGGACCAGGAGCAGCUCUGUUUCAUCUCCCUCUUUGGCCUCAACCUGUCAGGGAUUUGUCCAGAACUCAUUAGCUUCCACGAUUCUACAGAAAAGUUUACUUCCAAGUGCUGGUGUGAUGGGGCCCUCAAUGUGGACCUCACGGAGUUCCAGACCAACCUGCUGCCCUACCCCCGCAUCCACUUCCCCCUGGUGACCUAUGCCCCCAUCGUCUCGGCCGAGAAGGCCUACCAUGAGCAGCUGUCAGUGGCAGAGAUCACCAACACCUGCUUCGAGCCCUCCAACCAGAUGGUCAAGUGUGACCCUCGCCAUGGCAAAUACAUGGCCUGCUGCAUGCUGUACCGCGGGGAAGUGGUGCCCAAGGACGUGAACGCUGCCAUCGCCGCUAUCAAGACCAAGUGCACCAUCCAGUUUGUGGACUGGUGUCCCACAGGUUUCAAGGUUGGCAUUAACUACCAGCCCCCCACAGUGGUGCCCGGGGGCGACCUGGCCAAGGUGCAGCGGGCCGUGUGCAUGCUGAGCAACACCACAGCCAUCGCCGAGGCCUGGGCCCGCCUCGACCACAAGUUUGACCUGAUGUACGCCAAACGGGCCUUUGUGCACUGGUACGUGGGCGAGGGCAUGGAGGAAGGAGAGUUCUCAGAGGCUAGAGAAAGUAAUAAUGGACCAAAAGCCAUCAUCUGA